UUUCCACAUAUGCAGCAGUACUGGCCAAGAGCUAUAAACAGACUGAUGUGUGAAAUCAGUGGAAAUCCCCUUUAAGUAAGAUUCAAUAUGCAAAUGCUGACCUCAAUGGAAACCACAACUGUUGCUUAGAGCAGUGGGAAAAAUAAUCAUCCAAAAAUCUUAAACAUGUAUUUGAGAAUAGACAGCAAAAAUGUAAAGUGUACAGGGUGAGUAGUUACUGAGAUAUAAAACACUAACGUGUCCCUUUAAGUAAGCGGUAUGAAUUAUAACAAUUAUAUUUAACUUAUGUUUAACUUAAUUUUAGGUUUUUGGUGGAGCACGGCGGCUGCUCCUUCACGAACUUUAGUCAUUUUAAAAACACUAGAUGGCUGGUGAUCACUAAGAAUAACUGGGCUCAGCGUGGGACUGCCCUGGACCAGCCACAGAUUCCCACGACCCCUCCUCCACACACACUCACACAAACCAAAACACGGGGCUGCAUAGGCGCACAAGCAGCGGGGAGACAGAGAAGCAGAGCAGCUUUGCACCACUUUUAGUAAGGACUGCUAUUCACACUUAAAGCUUCAUUUCGGGCUCAGCGGCUCCCGCUGUUGCGUUGGCUCACACAGUGAAGCCAAAGAUGAAAAACGUCUUAAUCUGAGGAGGGAUUAAGAGAAAGUGUGGAUUUACCCGCGAAUCAAAGUGGUGAAGAUACACGGAGGAGUGGGAGGAACAACGCAACUCAGGGUGAUUUAUUUUGAUAAUGCUGAGGAGCCAGUUUGUGCUUCGGAUUUACGUCCAAAACAAGUCUGAAACCAGAGGAUGACAGCAGCCAGUCCAGUCUGCAGCCCCGCCACCUCCCACUCUACCCAGUCCUCACCUGUUUGCCUCCCAGUAUGCCACAGACACCUCAGGAAAGGCGAAGCCCUCCAGACCAAGCUGCACCUGCGCUCUGCCCCAGGUGUGUGGCUUCUGUUGGGUGUGGUGGUGGUUCUGGUGGGGAUGUGUGUAGCAGUGGCGGGCUAUGUAUCUGCAACACCAAGGCCUGUGGGGGGCCGCGGCAGCACCCAUGCUGAGAGGAUGAAACUGGCCGGGCCCGUGAUCAUGGGACUGGGCCUGUUCAUCUUCAUCUGCGCCGCCACGCUGCUGUACGAGAACCGGGACCGCGAGGACCUCAGACGUGACACACCUGAUGAUCUUGAGGAUCUGAAGGGAGGAAACGGCUGGGAGGAUUCGCAGGAGCAGUCCAGCUUCGGCUGCCAGGAGCAGUGGGAGUGUAAAGAUGGAGAGCAGGGAUCCUGGGCCACUCCAGCCCACACACUCCCCCUCUCAAACCAGAACUGUGGCCCUGCUUCUCUGCCUCGCACGAACAGACACAACACGAGCAGCAGACCAUCACCGCCACCUCUUCCGGAUGCAGGCGAUGGAGAUAAAGAGAAAGUGGACAGAAAGGAGGAGGAGAAGGAGGGAAGGUCAACCCUGCUGGCCCGAGUUCUGCACCACAAGGAGCCAAUUCCUCACCCUCCCUCCCCCUGCCUGUCCAUCUCACACUCCUCCAUCUACUCAGACUCCUGCAACUCUAGUGAGAUCCACUUUAACAUACGGACAGACUCUCCUCUGCCACCGCAACACUGAACCUCCUACUGGUUCCACUUCUACUGUCUCAUAAAAUAUGCAUGAUGAGAUACAAUUUAAAGUUUCACGUGCCAACACACAGUAAAGACAGUAAAGACUAUGCAUUCCUCAAUAAACAGAUGAAAUGUU